UAACUGCUCAAGCUGCAGAGCCUGCUCUUGUUUUGCACCAGUGCCUAUAGAGGGCCUUCUGGGCCUUCUGGGGCCCUGGCUCCAAAUCUCUUGAAGUGGCCAAAACAGGCCCUACGGAUACUUAGCCAUGACGACAGCGCACAGACCGACAUGGAAUGCGGCCAUCGCAAGCAACAGCAACCCAGGAGGGAACAUGCUGGUUGCCCACACAACAAAGAUCAACAACCGCGAUGCUGCCACCUUCAAGAAGAUGAAGUUCAGACAGGCUGGACAGGGCCUGCUCGAGGAGCGCGCAUCCCGAGCGGACAUGACGGAGGAUUUGGAGAGACGAGAAAGGGCUGCAAAAGAUGAACGUGAAGGGAAGGUCAAGGAGAAAAAGAAGCCCUCUCUAGAGGACAAUCCAUUCCCGGAGGAUGCGGACGAAGAGUUGCUGAGCGAGGAGGAGGAAAAGAAGGAUGAAGAGGAUGACGAUGAUGAUGAUGACGACGAUGCUGAAGAACUUAUGCGUGAACUUGCAAAGAUCAAGAAAGAGCGAGAGGAAGAAGAAGAGGCGAAGAAGGCUCUUCAGGCAAAGCAAGACAGGAGAGCACAAAGGGAAGAAGUCAUGAAAGGCAACCCUCUUCUAGCAGAUGGAGCAGACGUAUCGCUGAAAAGGCGAUGGGAUGAUGACACAGUCUUCAAGAACCAGGCAAGAACUGCUCCGAAAGUGAAGCAGCGAUACAUCAAUGACGCUGUUCGAAGCGACUUCCACAAAAAGUUCUUGAGCAAAUACGUUUGGGUGGACGGCGUCGCUCACUGACUGAGCUCUGAGAGGAGCACAGUCUCGACAUGUCUCGACAACCUGUUCAACGAGUUCCGCCAACGUCAAAAUAUUG